AUGCGGAGUUUGUCACAAAGAAGACAGUCAAAGGUCGGGUUUUUGCAGGAAUUCCUAGCUGGAAUCCCAUCGCAGAUGAUGAACCAUGGGGUCUGGAAACUAUACUUUGACGGAUCAGCCAAUAGGAAUGGAGCUGGAGCUGGUAUUUUGAUAGAAGUGCCCAAUGGCGAGGUGACAACAAUGUGCAAAAGGUUGUUGUUCCCAGUCACCAAGAAUAUGGCAGAAUACGAAGCAUGUAUUAUGGGAAUCGAGUCUCUUCUUGCAACAAGCAGUAAGGAGGUUGAGGUGAUAGGAGACUCAUUGUUGGUUAUUGAACAUGCCAGUGAAAGACGGAAAGUUGAGGAAUAUAGGCUGAAGCCUUAUAUUGAAUACUUGUUAAAGAAAGCAGCAGCAGCACUCUUUGACAAGAUCACUUUUACUCACAUAAGUAGAAACUCAUAA